UUUUGAUGCUACUUGCAGCGAUGUUGCGGCGUGGACUACUAGCCAAAGUCUCCCGUGUUGGAGGAGUGCUUGUGCUCCUCUGCUGCUCCUUGUCACUCAUCUAUGUGAUGACCUGCAGUCCCCCACAUUCAGAUGACCUUCCAUUGAGUCACGCUCUGCCCCGCGCCAGUCCCAACCACCCCAGCCUAGGGGGUAUAGGGCAAGGGGUGGCAGCAGGAGUCGGCGGGACAGGAGGAGGAGGACCUGCUCAAAGCGGCGGACCUCCUGGUGUCCAAUCUUACCAGGCACUCCUCCAAGAGCGUGAGGAACAACACCGCCUCCAUAUCUCCUCCUUGAAGAAGCAGAUAGCUCAGCUGAAAGAAGCUCUGCAGGAGCGCAGCCAACAGCUGAAAGGAGUACAGGAGAGCCUGAAGAGAGCCGCAGGGGGCCCAGCAGAGGGACAGGAAGCUGGGGCUGUAUCCCAAGGAGGGGGUCUUGGGGAGACUCAGGGAGCCAAGAGCCAGCAGGCAGACCUCCAGGAGUUCCUCAGGAGCCAGCUUUCGAAAGCAGAGGUGACUGCUGGGACCAGGUUGCCCAGUGAAUAUGCGGUGGUGCCCUUUGAGAGUUUCACAUUGCAGAGGGUGUACCAGCUGGAGAUGGGACUGACGCGUCACCCCGAGGAGAAGCCUGUGAGGAAAGACAAGAGAGAGGAGUUGGGGGAGGUGCUGGAGACGGCUCUGCACAGCCUUAACUCGCCCACAUCCCAACAAGACAGCAGGGGUGCGGUGGAAAAGACUCAAAGUAGCAAAGUCUACACACCGUCUGACUUCAUAGAAGGUAUCACUCGUACAGAGAAGGACAAAGGCACGCUGUAUGAGCUGACGUUCAGAGGGGAGUCGAGUAAUGAAUUCAGACGCCUGCUACUCUUCCGUCCCUUCGGGCCACUGAUGAAGGUGAAAAACGAGAGGAUCGACACAGCCAGUGUCCCAAUUAAUAUCAUCGUCCCACUGUCCAGACGCACAGACAAGUUCAAACAGUUCAUGCACAACUUCAGGGAAGUCUGUGUGCGUCAGGACGGCCGGGUCCAUCUGACAGUGGUGUAUUUUGGGAAAGAGCAGAUGAGCGAAGUCCGCAGCACACUGGAGAAUACAUCCAGGGAAGUUAAUUUUAAGAACUACACUUUGCUGCAGCUGGACGAGGAGUUCUCUCGAGGACGGGGUCUAGACAUCGGUGCUCGAUCUUGGAAGGGAGGCAAUGUGCUCCUUUUCUUCUGCGACGUGGACAUCUACUUCACCGCUGACUUCCUCAACACCUGCCGUCUCAACACGCAGCCUGGUAAAAAGGUGUUUUACCCGGUGUUAUUCAGCCAAUACAAUCCCACUCUGAUCUAUGGAAGUCCUGAGCACAUCCCACCCGUGGAGCAACAGCUGGUGAUCAAGAAAGACACAGGGUUCUGGAGGGAUUUUGGUUUCGGUAUGACCUGCCAAUACAGGUCCGACUUUAUUAACAUAGGAGGUUUUGAUAUUGAUAUCAAAGGCUGGGGCGGUGAAGACGUCCACCUCUACAGAAAGUACCUCCACAGUAACCUCCUAGUGGUCCGAGCACCAUCACGCGGCUUGUUCCACCUGUGGCAUGAGAAGCAAUGUGCUGAUGAGCUCCCUCCAGACCAGUAUCGCAUGUGUAUGCAGUCCAAGGCCAUGAAUGAGGCCUCGCAUGGCCAGCUGGGGAUGCUGUUCUUCCGGCAUGAGAUUGAGGCUCACCUCCGCAAGCAGAAACAGCAAAACUCAAUCCCCAAGAAGACAUAAAAGCUUGCAGCUGGCAGAGUUACAUCAACAUAUUGACUGCAGUCAGAUCAAUGAACUGAACUACAUCAGAUUUUAGAGGAAUGUCUCAAGAUUUUUGUAAGUAAGC